AUGAGUUUAGGAAGACUCAACCUGUCUCUGUAUUUCUUCCAUAUAAGAAUUUUGUUGUGUACAUUUUGUUUACAAAAACUCAUAAUUAUUAUUCAAUUUAUAGUGAGAACAAUAAAUUUGAUUAAUCAAUGAAGAACUCCAAUCAUUGUCUUCUUUAUUAAUAAUGUGGUCAAGAUUAUUAUCGAUUAUUCAAGUGUCGUCAAUAGUGUAAAUUAUUUGAAGGGACUAAAAACAUGGCUGCUGCUGCGGCUGCCGCCUUGCUCGAUGAGCUUAUGGGGAGAAAUAGAAAUAUUCUUCCUAAUGAAAAACCAAAAGAACUUAACUGGGAAGAUUCUGAGUUUUGUAAACUAUAUCUUGUCAAAUUUUGUCCUCACGAUCUAUUUGUCAACACACGAGCUGAUUUGGGAGCAUGUGCUCGGGUUCACGAUGAUGAAGCUCGUGAUUUAUAUGAAAAAGCACCUUAUUCUUAUCGGAAACAACAAUACGAGGAUGAGUUCAUACGAUUUUGUCAAAGUAUGCUUAAUGAAGUUGAAAGAAAAAUUGUCAAAGGAAAACAAAGACUUGCACUUAUUGGAAAAACAGAAGCUCCCACCUUAACGCCAGCACAAACUCAAAGAAACGAGGAACAAAUUACUUUACUCACGGAAAAAAUUAAUAAAUUAGUGGAAGAAGCUGAACAAAGUGGAAUUCAAGGAAAUGUCGAGCAGGCUCAGGGACUUAUGCGUCUUUGUGAUCAACUUAAAGAAGAACGUGAAACUCUUCGUAAAUCUAAUGAUAAUAGUCAUUAUAACCAGACAGCUGAAUUAGCAGCAGCUCAGGAAAAACAAAUGGAGGUUUGUGAUGUUUGUGGUGCCUUUCUUAUUGUUGGAGAUGCUCAACAACGAAUAGACGACCAUUUAAUGGGAAAACAACACGUAGGCUAUGCCAGAUUGAAAAGUGCACUUCAAGAAAUUGUGACCAAACGAGAAAAAGCUAGAGACGAAAAGGAACAAAAACGAGACGAGGAAAGAAGAAAGGUUCGCGAAAGCGAAGAUAAUCAAAGAAAAAGGAGAGAUGGUGAUAGAGAUCGUGAUCGAGAUAGGGACCGAGAUAGGGAUAGGGAAAGAGACAGAGAUAGAGAAAGAGUUGAUAGGGAAAGGGAUCGGGAUAGGGAUAGAGAUAAGCGACGUCGAAGAGAUGAUGACAAAAAUAGACAUGAUUCCAUGAAUCAGAGAAAUUCUCAUCGUAGUAGAAGUAAAUCGAAGGAUAAACAUGACAGGCAUAAUAGAGAAGAUGAUCAUCGUCGUCAUGUACGAGAUAAAGGAAAUCGUGAUCAUCGAAAUGCCAAUCAUCAUAAUAAUCGACGUCGCCAUAGAUCUGGAAGUCGAAGUCACAAGUAACUCUACUCUUGAUUGGUUAGUGAGUGAGAAGUAUGCCAGAAUAAGACGAAAAGGAGAAAAAGUGGUCCAGUUGAAGAAAAAAAGUCGUUUUCCCACAGCUUAAAUAUAUUUUUAAGGUAAAGAUUUUGCAUAACCUUAACAAUUUUGAAUUAAUCAGGCUAAUUUUUGUAAAAAAAAAAAAAAAAAAAAGUCAAAAGAGAAACAUGAUCUAUACCGAUUAUGCAUUAUUAAAAAAUAUAUGUUUUACAAAAUGAAGUUCAUCAAAUUAUAUUGAAAUCGAUGGCAAAAUAAUUAAUUAAUAUUCGAUUUAAAAACAAUUGUAACAUCUUAAACUAUUGUUAUUAUCAUUCAAUAAAAUAGAAAUUCGCGUAAUACGCGUAACUUCUAACAAACAA